CGAGUUUAGUUGGUUGCAAUCAACAAAAAGAAGAAUGUCAAUUUUAAGGUUAAGGUAUGCACACUCUGUUCCUACUCUCAUUUUCUUUCUUCCAAUUCGAUUAUUACACUCUAACCCUAAUCCUUCAUUCACUCACAAUCUUGACGAUGCUAUUUCAUCAUUUAAUCGCAUCAUCCAUUUAAACCCUACCAAACCCAUCUUUGAAUUUAACCAAAUUUUAACUUCCCUUGUUAAGAUUAAUCAUUACCCUAUUGCUAUUUCCCUUUUCCAACAAAUGGAAUUCAAGGUAAUUCAACCUAACAUUGUUACUUUGAACAUUUUGAUUAAUUGUUUCUGUCAACUAGGUCAACUCAAUUUUGCAUUUUCUGUAUUGGGAAAAAUUCUCAAACUUAGUUAUCAGCCUGGUACCAUAACAAUUAAUACACUUAUCAAAGGUCUCUGUCUUAAUGGUAAUGUUAUGAAAGCAUUGCACUUUCAUGAUGAUGUUAUUGCUAAGGGAUUUCACCUUAAUCAAGUUAGUUAUGGGACCUUGAUCAACGGAUUAUGCAAAAUAGGUGAAACAAGAGCUGCCAUGCAAUUGCUCAAGAAGAUUGAAGGGUUAUCGGUUAAGCCAGAUGUCGUAAUGUACAACACAAUCAUUGAUAGUCUAUGCAAAGAUAAGCUUAUUAAUGAUGCCUAUGAUUUAUAUUCUGAAAUGUCUCUUAAGAAAAUUUCUCCUAAUGUCGUCACUUACAGUACUUUAAUAUAUGGAUUUUGCAUUGUGGGUCGAUUGAAAGAAGCAGUUGGUUUGUUAAAUGAAAUGAUGUUCAAAAACAUCAACCCAAAUGUUUAUACUUUUAGUAUAUUGGUCGAUGGUUUUUGUAAGGAAGGAGAGGUUAAACAAGCUAAAAGUGUGUUAGCUAUGAUGAUAAAAGAAGAUAUGAAACCCAAUGUUGUUACUUAUAAUUCUUUAAUGGAUGGUUAUUUCUUACUUGGUGGUGUAAACAAGGCCAAAUAUGUAUUCCACAUCAUGAUCCGAAAGGGAGUGACUCUUAAUGUCCGUAGCUACAAUAUUAUGAUUAAUGGAUUAUGUAAGAAUAAAAUGGUGGACGAAGCCAUGGAUCUUUUUAAAGAAAUACGUUUAAAAAAUAUGGCGCCUAAUACUAUAACAUACAAUUCCCUCAUCGAUGGACUUUGCAAAUCAGGGAGAAUCUCUGAUGUUUGGGAUCUUUUAGAUGAGAUGCAUGAUAGAGGUCAACCUGCUGACAUGUUCACUUACAAUCCCAUAUUAGAUGCUUUGUGCAAAAACAAUCAUGUUGACAAGGCAAUUGCAUUAUUGACGAAAAUCAAAGACAGGGGAAUUCAGCUAAAUAUGUGUACAUACACAAUACUUGUUAAUGGACUAUGCAAAAGUGGAAGACUUAAAGAUGCACAAAAGGUUUAUGAAGAUCUUCUGAUGAAAGGCUAUCCUUUGGAUGUUAGGAUGUAUAAUAUUAUGAUUCAAGGGCUUUGUAAAGAGGGCUUACUUGAUGAAGCAUUAUCCUUGCUAUCAAAAAUGGAAGACAAUGGUUGCAUUCCUAGUGCUGUAACUUACGAAAUUAUCAUUCGUUGCUUGUUUGAAAACAACCAGAAUGAUAAGGCUGUAAAACUUCUUCAAGAAAUGGUUACUAGGGGUCUAAUGAAUAUAAAAAAAGAAGUCCUAUUUUUUGAUAUGAAACUCGAUGUUGUUACUUAUAAAUCUUUAAUGAAUGGUUAUUUCUUACUAGAUGAUGUAAACAAGGCCAAAUAUGUAUUUCACAUCAUGAUCCGAAAAGGGGUGACUCUUAAUGUUCGUAGCUACAAUAUUUUGAUUAAUGAAUUAUGUAAGAAUAAAAUGGUGGACGAAGCCAUGCAUGUUUUUAAAGAAAUACGUUUCAAAAAUAUGGCGCCUAACACUAUCACAUAUAGUUUCCUCAUUGAUGGACUUUGCAAAUCAGAGAGAAUCUCUGAAGUUUGGGAUCUUUUAGAUGAGAUGCAUGAUAGAGGUCAACCUGCUGACAUUAUCACUUACAAUUCCAUAUUAGAUGUUUUGUGCAAAAACAAUCAUGUUGACAAGGCAAUUGCAUUAUUGACGAAAAUCAAAGACCGGGGAAUUCAGCUAAAUAUGUGUACAUACACAAUACUUGUUAAUGGACUAUGCAAAAGUGAAAGACUUAAAGAUGCACAAAAGGUUUAUGAAGAUCUUCUGAUGAAAGGCUAUCGUUUGGAUGUUAGGAUCUAUACUAUUAUGAUUCAAGGGCUUUGUAAAGAGGGCUUACUUGUUGAAGCAUUAUCCUUGCUAUCAAAAAUAGAAGACAAUGGUUGCAUUCCUAAUGUUGUAACUUACGAUAUUAUCAUUCGUUGUUUGUUUGAAAACAACCAGAAUGAUAAGGCAGUAAAACUUCUUCAAGAAAUGGUUGUGAGGGGUCUAAUGUAAAAGCAAAACUAGAUGAGAGGCUUUCUAGUUACAA